CAGCUCCGCAACCACACCCAGCUCAUACAGUGGAAAAACGAAAACCCAUUAUUCAACCGUUGAUAACGCCACAUACUUUGAUAAAGAUCGAACCAGAGCCGCCGCAGGAAAAACCGCAGCCGACGUUUGCGCCCGAACCAGUCCAACAACCAAUUUUAACUACACACUUGUAUUACCAGCCAGAUUUCCAAGAACAACCAUGCAGAAGUCAAGCCACGUCUCCCGCUGCGCCGCCGACCCCACCUCCUGAAGCUCCUGAAGCCCCGGCGCAUAAAGAUGCUUCUAACCAAACUGAUCACAUCGAAGAUGAUGAUGAAACCAAUCAAAUUGAUGAUGAUGAAAGGGAAGUGGCUUGUAUCGGUGUGGCUCAUAACCCUGAAGAAUCAAAUACCAUGCAACUGCAAAUGUUACCUCCAAUAGAUAGCGCAGAAGAUUCUUCAUCGGAAGCUCUUGCAUCUUCAGCAGUAGUUGGUGCUGUUGAGAAAGCUAUCGAUGCCAUAGAACGAGAUGAAACCAUCGAUAGCUCUACAAAUAGUUCACAAGAACUGAUUAUAGAUACAGGACAGAGACCCACUCCACCGCCGCACCCAAUACCAACUAGACCGCCUGAUGAUGUAAGCGGUUUAGAGCUUUUGUCAAACAGCAUUGAACAAUAUGAACGUACAACUCCUGGUCACAUGCCGUGCUUAGAUCCUAUGCCUCUGACAGUUGACACGAGAACCUCGUCAAAAUUAAAUAUUAUGAUAAAAACAUCACCUAAAUCACCCCGUACGGAUACUGAGCCUCAUAGAAGAUUUGAGUUCCCAACAAACGAAGCAUUGGAACAACAAAAACCCUCCCUUGAUAGGCUGGGAUUGUUAUGUGAGGUUAUUUUAGCUGAACAGCGGUUGAUGGAAGAAGGUGCAGAUAAUAUUGCGAACCGCCCCUCUACUUCACGACCUUUUAUAAAAUCAGAGCCUUUGUUAAGCCCCACCGAUAGAGAUAGGCCUUCAGAAUUAAAAAAGGAGAAACACAGGAGAGAUGACUCUUCAAGUGAACGAAGACGAAAGCGAAGUCAUGAUCGCGAAGAUAGAUUGAGACAUAAGAUAGAAAAAAUGCGCAGGCAUAAACGGGACAGAAAGAGUAAUGAGAGAGAAGAAAGCGGAGGAGAACUAGAAGCCAGUUUAAGAAGAGUCACAGCGUGUAAUUGUGGUGCUGCAGACUGUGUACAUUCAUCAAACGUCCCCUCUGCCCAUGACUUGGUUAAUGCGAUCGAAAAAGACAUGCGAAAACGGCUGCAAGAUUUGCAAAGACAGUGCGACGAAAAGAGAGCACAAUUGAAUGCCCUAACCCCUCCCCUACCUGCUUUAUCCACUCCGCCUACACCGUCGACUCCCGCUCUCUCGCCAGAUUCUGAUAGAGGGUCAUCAAAAAAACGAAAAGUUGGACGACCACGUAAAGUAUCGAGCCCCGAUUCUACCGAAACGAUAGUUGCUAAGAAACCCAAAUCAAAAAGCAGCCUGGUCGGUUACUUACUUGCGAAAGGAAAACUCAAGGGAGGAAUAUUGUGUUCUCGAGGAGAACCUUCUAGAGAAGACGUUAGCCGAACGAGCAAAGUUCGUCCGAAGCUAAAAGCUGAACCAAUAUUAAAAGUGUAUUCCGAAGAGGAUGAUACCGAAUGGGGGUUGAACAGAUCAGCGAGUUCGUCAAUGGAAAGUUUAAAUGAAGUUAGACAGAAAAAUCGAGAAAAAGUUGACAGUUUAGUGCGAAAACAUUCGAGAGAUGACUUUUCAGAAAUCGAAUUGACCAUCCGACGAGCCAGUGCAUCCAGUGAUAGUGAUAAAGAUAAGGAAAGGCGGCGAGCUAAAAAGAGACGCAAGAGUACAAAAUCUAAAGAGAGAUCAGAAGAAAAUGUUAAAGAGAAGGAACCUGAAGCAGAUACUCAAAAGCCUGUCGUUUCUCGAUGUACUUUAACUGAAGAUAAAUUAGAUUUCUCGCCACGAGUAUUAACAGCUCGAGGGGGACUGUUCUAUGCCGGUAAGCUGAGCGCAGUGCAAGCACCUGAUGUAUACGCUAUUACAUUAGAUGGUGAAAGAGGGAACAAACCACAUAUCUUGUCUAGAGAGGAGACUUUGAAAGAUGCUAUACUAGAAGUAAGUCCAUCGUCGGUAUCCGAACUACCCUCUGGUACCCGGGUGUGCGCGUACUGGUCGCAGCAGUACCGCUGCCUGUAUCCCGGUACUGUAGCCGUCUCGUCUCCAGACCCCCACGACGACAAGUUUGUGGCCGUGGAGUUCGACGACGGGGACUCGGGGCGCAUAGCCAUCGAGGAUAUACGCUUUUUGGAGCCGAAUUAUCCGAUUGUUGAAUACGAAAACACAUUGUUCACCCUCGGCAAGCGGCGAAGAAAUACAAGCGUCACUGAAGAUAAGAAAGCUAUUGCAUCAACGAGCGCUGAAACAAAACCAGAACUCCCGCUACAAGCACAAAAUGACGAUAAAGAAGAAGACAAACACAGGGACAGGAAAAAGUUGAAAAAGCACAGGAAGGAAAAGAUCAAACGCUUAAGCGAAGACGAUCCCAGCACCAUGGACUACAUAAAGAAAAAGAAGAAAAAGCACAAGUGCUGCGAAGAACAUUGCAAGCACAGACGCCAUCACAAGAAACACCACAGGAAGCACAAGAAACGUCACCACUCGAGCUCAUCUGGUGAUGACCAUAGACACAAGUCGUCUUCCGAUUACAUCGACUCCAAUAAAUCGAACGAAGAUUCUGUGGAUUCCAACGAAAAGCUUUCGACACUUAUAGCGGUUGAAAAAUCUCCUGAAGAGAAAAUGAAGACGGUUAUUAAAAAGGCAGUGCUACCGAAGACCUUGGUAAAAACUCCUGUGCUGGAUUUCAGUAGUAUCGGCAAGAUAGCCUUGUCUAAAGACGAAGAAAAGAAAGAUAACUUGAAAGACAGCGGUAUUGGGCUUUUGGAAGAGGAACCCUCCACGUCUAAUAGUGAUUUGAAUAAGAAGAAAGCAAAGCGUCGCACUGUAUCGUCAUCAUCAGACGGCGGCGGCGGUGUCAGCAAGAUGGCCGCAUUCCUCCCCGGCGGGGCCCUGUGGCGGUGGCUGGGGCCCGCGUACCGGCGCACCGCGAGGCCGCGCCAUAGGAAGGUGUUCUAUAGAGCGAUACAGCGCGGAGAAGAGACGCUGCAUGUGGGCGAGGCGGCGGUGUUCCUGUCGACGGGGCGCGCGGACCGGCCCUACAUCGGCCGCAUCGUGGCGCUGUGGCAGGCGCGCGGCGCGAUGGCGGUGCGCGUGCACUGGUUCUACCACCCCGAGGAGACAGCUGCGUGCCGCCCGCUGCAAUUACCGGGAGGUCUAUUUGAAUCGCCGCACACAGACGAGAACGACGUACAAACCAUAUCACACAAGUGCGAGGUGUUGCCGCUCGCACAGUACAAGGAGCGCAUGGGUGAUGACCCGGUCAAGUACAGCACCGUAUACGACAACAAUGACGUAUACUAUCUCGCCGGUCACUACGACCCCACGCAGCAAACCCUGCGUAUGGAACCGGACAUACCGUUCGCGAACUAAACUCCUGCUGCGGAUGCACGCCUAGUACUUUACAAAAAAAAGACAUAAGUUUUUUUAUAAAAAAAAAAAAAGUGCAAUCGAACGAUUUUAAUCGUUUUUUCAUUUAUUAUUAAAAUAGAUUUAGUUUUCUUCGACGGAUUAUCAAUAGUGAUAAUAGUGAUUUUAACAAUCUCGAUGUUAGUGUUUUUAUCAGUAGUUUCGACUUAGCUUUCAAAAUCACAUACAGGUGUUAAGAGUACAAGGUAGAUUUUCGAGGCUCAAUGAAUGCGACAAUUUUUCACACUUGCCGUCCGCUGGACGUUCGACGUAGGCGUGUUAGUUACCCUUGUUACGUUUUAUGGAAUGUUGUGUUGUUUGUGGGCCGAGUUGUGAUGUCGACCGACUGGGGGUCGAUGGACACGGUGAUAUGUGAUUUAUUUUUAUACAUGUAACGCUGUAAUCUCAGUGUAUAGUUAGAUGUAUAUUUCAUGUAUAUUCUAUUAGAUUUCUAUGUUUACAUCGUAGUCCAUUUUCAUAUAUCUAUUCUUAUGCAAUACUGUCUCAGCUAGUCCUUAUUUCGUUCAAAAUUGACCGGUGAUCGUAUUAGUCAUUCGAUUGAUAUUAUAAUUGGAAAUCGAUAACGCGCUUGUUAUAUGUUUGUUUUCUCUGAUUUUAUAUUAUUUUGGUUGAUAAUAUUAUGUUACUCGAUGUAUACCUUAUCAAAAUGGUGCUAGACGCUCGAUACUUCAUUAAUUUGGUCGUAGAUAAGAGUGUAUAUAGAACAUUGCUAGUUCAUAAGUUUGUUUCCACUGUACGUGGUCUUUUUACAACGCCUGCAUGUCUAAGUUGCCAUUAUAUCCUAGCGUACUAUUUACUUAGGGUUUAUUUCUACAGGGUAUGAGACCCGGCUUUUUAUCCUUUUUUAAUGAAUGUAUGAAGGGACUGAAAAGACAGGGACGUAGCUAGGUUGAGGUUUAGGGAAGUAGGUAAGUUUUUGUACGAAGCGGCCAAAAUGUUUAUAAAAAAUUUUGGAAAAUAUUCAGCCGAUAUAAUGUAUGUUAAUUAACUAUUGUCUAUUAUGAUUUAUUCUGUAAACCAUACAUAAUUUUAUGGAUGUAGAAUUUGACAUGCGGUUUACUGUAGAGCGACAAUUUCUUGAAUAUUUUGAGUUAGUUUUCAUAAUUAAUUUUUUCUAGGAUAUUUUGUUUGCAUGCAACACAGGCUGUCUUUACCUUAACUUUUUGUCUAGCGGCAACUCAAUCACGAUGGAUCAUUAUAAGUGUUUUAUGUAUGGUUUGCGUAUUUAUAAAUCAGUGACCCACUUAUGUUUAUCGCAUUUUCCUAUACCCUAUUUUUAUAUAAAAGAUAUUGUACAGCAUAUUGUAUAAGAUCGUUUUCCUUAAAGGAAGUAUCCAGUGAGAUGAUUUUUUUUCUUAUUUAUAAAUCUAUUUUUCAGACGUAAUAUAUCUUCUUCCAUAUUGAGUUAAAAUGUAUCCAUUAACGACGUAUUUUUGUUAUAGUUUUAGAUUUACAUUUCGUUAAGUUGUAGAUUUAAGGUUUUUCAUGAUUUUAUAUACGAAAUUAUAAUAUUGGACACGGAAAAAAAUUAAAUUUAAUUGAUAUUGUGGAUGAGAAUAAACGGUAUUUUUAUAUAUUGAGAGUAACGUCUUUAUUUUGAAAAAAAAAAAUUAUAUUAAGUACAAAUUUUUUGAGCGAGUUGCGAGCUCGGCCCAAUGCAUGUAUACUAACA